CGGAAAAAGCAGUUUUGUCAGCAGACGACAUUACGAAUCUAUUGAUCAUGCGCAGUAGAAGUGAGUAAAAUUGUGAUAACUAUGGAGGGCGCACUUUACAAUGGCCGCCCUGACAGUUCGUCCGCACGUGCAAUAUGUUGUUGUUCGAGGAGAUCUUUUACAAACAUUAAAGUGGCCUACUGGAGCUGUAAUUGCACAGGCAUGUCAUGCUUGUACAGCCGCCUUACAUUUAUUCCGUAAUGAUGAAAAUGUGAUUCAGUAUACAGCAGACUUGGACAAUAUGCACAAAGUGGUGUUAGAGGCAAAGAAUGAAGAGACUUUAAGGAAACUGUCAGCUGAAUUGACAUCUUCCGAGAUUGAUCACAAACUAUGGAUAGAGCAACCAGAGAAUUAUGCAACGUGCCUAGCCGUCAAGCCGUAUCCUAAAGAGCAGAUUCAGAAAUAUUUCAAGAAGCUGAAACUCUACAAAUGAUUGUACAACAAAACCAGGUAUGUUUUCAUUCUUAUUUUGUCACAUCAUAUCAACGUGUUGGUGAAAUUGAUCACCCAUCUUUAAUGGCACUGGACAGGUUUGGUAAUUCCUCAAAAUAAUUGUUAGCAUAGAAAGUUACUUGGUAACGA